CACGCUGCUACAAACCAGCCGGAUGUUUUGCGUCGCCAGAAUGUGAUGGGAAACAAUUGUUCAUUUUGUCGCGCAGGUAACCGUGCAGCUCCAGCGGCGGCCCCGAGCAGGCACUAAUGAGUCGAUCUUUGUGAGAGGGCAGCCUUCCCCCGGUGUGCUGGAUGUCUGUAACGGAUCCAUGGGCCAGAAGGACCAUGUGGAGGCAGGAGCGGGCCACAUCCUCGACCUGGGGCUGGACUUGGAGUAUCUCCACGUAGUGGGGUCCGACCGGCAGGCUGGCGGCGCUGACGGGCCCCCUGCUAUGGAGGAGCAGGGGGACGCCUCCGGCAACAGCAGCACCGCAGAUACCCCUCCUCCGCCCGUUUCAGUGGAGGAAAACGCCGGGUCGGAUGACAAGAUCGAGUCGGCGGCGUCUUCCCUGGACCCAGAUGGAGGAGAGGGGGGGUCAACUCACAGUAAGAACACCCACCAGCUGCUCUGUCGGACUCAGUGUGUGGACUUAGGCACCGAGGGGCCUCCUGAGCUGCCGUCCGAACCCUCAACAGAGCAUGAGCAGGACACGCCCACCCAGCCUGACUCAUCUGAGCCUCCAUCCAAUCCCACAGCAGAGCCAGCAGCGCCCGAAUCAGGAGGGAAGGAGUACCAGGCCAAGCUGGAGUUUGCCCUGAAGCUGGGAUACUCUGAGGAAACGGUGCGGCUGGUUCUAUCGAAGCUCGGCCCUGACACGCUCAUCAACGACAUACUGGGAGAGCUGGUCAAACUGGGCACCAAGUCAGACAGCGAGCAGCCGAGUGCAUCGUUAGCCUCCACGUCGUCGUCGUCUUCUUCCACCUCAUCCUCCUGUGGAUGUUCUGAUUUGCUGGACAGCCAGAGGUCAGACUCUCCGUGUCCGUCAGACUCUCUGUGUGACCAGGACAACCUGCGGCCCAUCGUGGUCGACGGCAGCAACGUCGCCAUGAGCCAUGGCAACAAGGAGGUGUUUUCCUGCCAGGGCAUCCAGCUGGCUGUUGAUUGGUUCCUAGAGCGCGGCCAUCAUGACAUCACUGUGUUUGUGCCUGCAUGGAGGAAGGAGCAGUCCCGCCCUGACGCCCCUAUAACAGAUCAGGAGAUCCUGCGUCGCCUGGAGAAGGAGAAGAUCCUCGUCUUCACUCCCUCACGGCGGGUCCAGGGCCGCCGUGUGGUUUGUUACGAUGACCGCUUCAUCGUCAAGCUGGCGUACGAGUCAGACGGCAUCAUCGUCUCCAACGAUAACUACAGAGACCUCGCCAACGAGAAGCCCGAGUGGAAGAAGUUCAUCGACGAGCGGCUGCUCAUGUACUCCUUUGUUAACGACAAGUUCAUGCCCCCAGAUGACCCUCUUGGCCGUCACGGGCCAAGCUUAGACAACUUCCUGAGGAAAAGGCCCGUCAUGCCGGAGCAGAAGAAACAGCCGUGUCCAUAUGGAAAGAAGUGCACUUACGGCCACAAGUGUAAAUAUUACCAUCCAGAGAGGGGAGCUCAGCCUCAGCGUGCCGUGGCCGAUGAGCUGCGUGCCAGCGCCAAAACCUGCGUCACCACCAAACACCAGACAGACCCCGGGCUUGUGAAGAGCCACAGCGUUCCCGCUGGCAGCAUCGAGGUGAAGAAAGGCGCUCCGAAGCGCCAGUCCGACCCAAGCAUCCGCGCCCUGUCGUACAGCGACGCCGAGGAGAAGCUGCUGGUGAAAGGCCGGCUGGAGAGCCAGAAGAGCGGCCUGUGUGGUAGCGGUGGAGGCAGCAGCUGUAGCGGGAGUCUGACUGUGUCUCCUGCUCCUGGAGGAGCUCCUCCCUCUGCUCUGAGCCUUCCACAGGAGCAGCAGCCAAGAGCGACCACUCCUCACGCCCUGUCCGCCCCGGGUCAUGACCUUUACCCUCACUGUGAGUCUCCGGACCUGAGCUACUACUCGGUGACACGUGCUUACUCCGGCCUGAGCCUGUCCUCCAGACGCAGCCCGGACUGUCGCUUCCCCAAUGACUCGGACCUGCGGCUGGGCUCCAUGGGCUCGGCGGGGUCUGAAUGCGGCAGCGAGAGCAGUGUGAGUUGUGGUAGCAGCUGCGACUCGUACAGCGAGAGGCCGUGUCCCGGAUGUCCUCCUGAUCCGUUACUGGAAGACAGUAUGCACUUCGCCAACCCUCACAGCCGGCUGUAUCCUCACCACGCUGCUUCAAACCACGAACUCUGCAGCCUCCAUCCUGCAGAGUACACAAACAUCCAGCACGGCCACGCGUCCAACCCUGCAGUCCACAGCUACCACCUCCGGACCUGCGCUCACGAUCAGCCACCACCCGACACCCCACCAAAGCGCCCUCUGUACCCGUUACCUCCACAUCUCCAGCACCAGCCGCUGGCCGCACGCUCCAGCUGCCCCGGCGACUACCACUCCCUCCCACAGUCCAACCCCCACCCUCCCGGCUCACCUUUAGGGCGCUGUCUGGCCCCCACCCGAGCUGAAAGCGUGUCAGACUCACACCUGUAUGAGCACCUCUCCACCUCACACCAUCACCGCUCUAAAGCUCUAACUGGGUGGGACUCGUACUACAGACAGCCUCCGCUACCGCCGUCCAGGUACGAGGCGUCAGCCUAUCAGAGCCUUCCUGACACCCGUCAGUCCUCCUGGCACGCCCCGCCUUGGCCCCAGGAUGGCUACGCCCCUCACCAUUCCUCUCACCCUGCCCUCCACCCAUCCCCGACUCACUACCUAAACCACCCACCACCCCCGUCUCACCCGCCCAGCGCCCCUCUACCUCCCUACAGCUCCCACCUCUCACUUCCCUCGCAUGCCCCGCCCUCAUAUAUCCACCCAGAGUCCCCUGCGCACACCCGCUACGAAGACAUGAGGGAGAAGGUGUAUGUCAACCUGUGCAACAUCUUCCCGUCUGAGCUGGUGAGCCGGGUGAUGGCGAGGAGCCCCCACAUCACAGACCCACAGCAGCUUGCUGCCGCCAUUCUGGCGGAGAAAGCUCAAACAGGAUACUGAAAAACAAACAAGAUCGCCAUUUAAACCCAAAACAACAGCGGUAUGUAAGAGUAGGAAACUAGAGCUUACCUCCUCUGCACUUGGAAGCUUUGGAUGAGCCUUUCUACUCUUAUGAAUGAACAACGAUGCUGUAGAUGGACCAAUCACAGCUCUAGUCACUGUGCACGGCAGGUAAAACAACUCUAAAGAGAGAAGGAGCAUACACCUGAGGAAACCUCUGACUGGAUCUGCCCUCUUUUUCUUUAUUUAUUUAGCAGAGGUCUGUUCAUGAAGAACUUUUUAUGCAUCGAAUUCAAAAGGCACUUUUUUGUUACUACACUGAUAUCAAAUAUGGCUGAGAGGAAGGAUUAUUUAAAUAUUACCACAGGUUAUGUGCUCUCCAGGCCCAAAUCUGAAACUUUAGUAUGGUUCAAGUAUAAAUCAGAUAAUGACAUCGUCCUAGGCAACCAAAAGUGAGUUAAUUUUUGUUUUAAGUAACAAAAACAUGCAAGCAAACUCCUUCACAGGAUCUAAAUUUCACAGAUACAUUGAAAUGUUUCCAAUGUAUUCAUAAAUUUAAGACAGUUCUUUCUCUUUUCAUGACUUUCUCUUUAAAGCUUGGAAACCAUCAGAUUAUAUCAAUACCUGUUUCUAUAUAUUGGCAACAAAGAUAGAAGUCCUAGGCACCCAAAUCUGAGUUUUCCCUCUUUUAAAUUGACUCUGGCACAUUGUCUAAGGCUGGCUACACUCUAGAGCAGGACUGUCAAACUCCAUCAGAGCCUAACAGGGCCAACAUUUAACCACAAAGGAUAGAAAUUCAAAAUCAUGAGGUUAAAAGGUCAAAAUGAGAUUGAAGUGAUUUUUCCAGAUUGUUUGACAACAAUCUAAUAUAAUUUAAUCUUUUUAAUGCAUUAUGGUCUUUUGAUUUUGGAUAUAAUAAAAAAAAAACAGCAGUUACUAUACUGCAGGAGUCUGGAGGGUUGUCCCAUUUCAUAGGGGAAGAUAUCAGUGCUGUUUCAAGGGGCUAGGGGGCGCUGUGGACCCUACACUGCAGGCUCCUGUUAGUUCACUUGAACAGACGUCCGAAUUUGAAGGCUAGCAAAAUACACUCUAAGGCUUUUCUGGCCUGUCCACAAUCCCUCAGGAACCAGAAAAAUCCAUUCCAUCACCCCUCUCCUUCUCCACCUUUCAGAAAAUGUGUGCUGAA